AGCGAAAGAGCACCACAAAACCGAACGUAAAAAUAGCAAACGAAAGAAAGUCGAAAUAUAAAGAAGGCAAGGAAAAUUAAUUUUUUUUUAGAAAAUAUACUUUUGAAACGUCGGAACUGGAAAUUUUUUCCACGACACUAAUUUAAACAAUUGGCUGGCUCGAGAUGAAUAAAUUCAAGUCUACGCAAAAAGACAAAGUUAAAAGAUUCAUUUCGUUAACUCAGACCGGCGAGCAGACAGCCAUAUACUGUUUACAGCAAAAUGACUGGAAGUUGGAAUUAGCUAGCGACAAUUAUUUUCAAAACCCGGAAUAUUAUUAUCGCGAAUUAGAUCGCAAACGCAUUGAACAACUCUUCUUGCGCUAUCGGGAUCCCUGCGAACCACAAAAGAUAACUGCGGAUGGAGUUAUACGCUUCCUUGAGGACUUGGCUUUAAGUCCUGAAUCUAAAUUGGUCUUAAUUAUAGCAUGGAAAUUUCGAGCCGAAGUGCAAUGUGAAUUUAAACACGAUGAAUUUGUGAAUGGUAUGGCCGACCUUGGUGUGGACAGUAUAGAUAAGCUAAAAGCAAAAUUAUCACAAUUAGAAACGGAAUUAAAUGAUUUAGCCAAAUUUAAGGACUUUUAUCAGUUCACUUUCAACUAUGCCAAGGAUCCGGGACAAAAAGGGAUCGAUCUAAAUAUGGCCAUUGUUUAUUGGAAGAUUGUACUCAGUAGUCGUUUUAAAUUUUUAGAUUUAUGGUGCAGAUUUUUGGAGGAGAAACAUCGGCGUUCUAUACCCAAGGAUACUUGGAAUUUACUGCUCGAUUUUGCUAUCCAUAUUGAUGACAAUAUGAGUAACUAUGAUUCGGAGGGAGCUUGGCCGGUGCUUAUUGAUGAUUUCGUGGAAUGGUGUCAUGAAAAUCAUCUAAUGGCAACGCAGCCACAUCAGCCUCAACCACAACAACAGCAACAGCACCACCAGCUUUUGCAACAGCAGCUAGCUAACAAUUAUCAGCCUCAAAUACAGACUAUGCAGACGCCGCAACAACAACAACAACAGCGCAAUAUAUCGAGUUAUCAACCGACCUCGCAUAGUACAAACAUUAAUUAUGGCUAACGUUUAUUUAAUAUCUUAAUUAUUUUAAUAAUAAAUUUGCUUUUAUUCUUAUUAUUAUAAAUAAUUAUAGUAAAAAUAUUGAAUUAGUGAACGCUUCUUUCAAAACAUA